AUGGCUGGGCCUGCAGGUAGCGAUCCUGCCAAAUAUAAGCGCACGAAAUUGUUGGCAGACGACAGCGAUGACGAGGUACAGCUAGACACGGCUGCCGCCAGCUUCAAAGUCAAUGAAGACUAUGCGAAGCGCUUCGAGUACAACAAGAAGCGCGAGGAGAAGGCGCGCUUGGAGGAGAAGUAUGGCGCACUACCUUCGAGUAAGCGGAAACGACUGGGAGAUGAGGGCAGUGACGACGAGGACGACUCGACCGACGAAUCCGAAGACGACGACGCCGAACUGGUGACAGAGGACCUCGACGAAGAAAUCUUCGCGACAUUGAAUGCCAUCAAGAGCAAGGAUCCUCGAGUGUAUGACAAGAACACGACGUUCUUCUCCGAAUUCGAUCCCGAGACUGCCGGGGGCAACGAAAAGAAGAAGACCGAAAAGCCAUUGUAUUUGCAGGACUACCACCGAGAAAAUCUUCUAGCUGGUCAGAAUGGUCUCGACGGUGAAGAGGAGAAGGAUGUACCGCGGACAUACCAGCAGGAGCAGGAGCAGCUCAAGCGUGAGCUAUCUCGGCAUGAAGACCUUCCAGCAUUACCCAAGAAGAAAGUGAAGAUUACCGACGCGGACAUCAAGGAUGCAGACAAAGAUCCUGAAAAUUACCUUUCCAAUUUCAUGGCAGCAAGAGCGUGGCUUCCUGGCGAAGGAUCUGGCUUUCAAGCGAUGGAGUCAGAUGACAGCGAAGAUGAUGCAAGGGCCGACGCAUUCGAAGAGGCAUACAAUCUCAGGUUCGAAGACCCGCAAGCAUCGAAUGAGAAGCUCAAAUCCUUCGCUCGAGACGUAGGCAAAUACGGUGCGCGACGAGAAGAAAAGACCGGACGACAGCUCGCCCGUGAGCGGGAAAAGGCCCUCAAGGAUGCGGCGAAACGACAGCGGGAGGAGGAUCUGGCGCGGUUACGGAAACUCAAGAUUGAGGAAGCCGAAGAGAAGCUCCAGCGCAUCAAAGACGCUGCUGGCCUACGUGCCAAAGCGCUUGACGUGGAUCAAUGGCGAGACAUGCUGGAAGGUGACUUUGAUGACGAUCAAUGGGAGGAGGAAAUGAACCGCCGGUUUGGCGAAGAUUACUAUGCCGAACCCGACGAAGAGCCGGGCUCAGACAACGAAGAUGGCGGAGUGCCCGUUUCAACGAAGAGGAAGAAGCCGAAGUGGGACGACGACAUUGGAAUCGAUGAUCUCAUCCCCGACUUCGACGCCAGCGCGGUUCCCAAAAUCACUCUCUCCGACGAGGACAAUGAUGACGAGGACGAUAACGAAGACGAAGGAGGAGAAGAAGAAGAAGGAGAAGGAGCAGAAUCAGCCGAAGAACCCCAAACCCAAAAAUCGGCCAAGGACAAGAAGAAGCAAUCCUCCUCUGACGCCAAACGCGCCGCCCGCAAAGAACGCCGGCAAAUCGAAGAGAUCAUCGACUCCACCCUGCCCAUCAACCACCCGACCCUCGCGCCCAGCGCCUCGGGCAGCAAAGUGCCCGUCACGGGCUUCCGGUACCGGGCGACGUCGCCGACGUCCUUCGGGCUCAGCGCGCGGGACAUCCUCUUCGCGGACGACACGGCGCUGAACUCCUACGCGGGCCUGAAGAAGAUGGCGGCCUUCCGCGACGCCGAGAAGAAGCGGCGCGACAAGAAGAAGUUCUCCAAGAAGGCCCGGCUGAAGCAGUGGCGGCGGGAGACCUUCGGGGACGUCGAGCCGCCCACCGGCGGCUUCGAGCGCGUCCUCGGGGCGAGCGCCGCCGAGAAGGGGGCCCCCUCUUCGCGGAGGGGAGGGGACGGGAAGACGGAUCCCGCUGCUGCGACGGCGACUGCGACGGAAGGGAAGAGGAAGAAGCGGAAGCACAAAAAGGCCAAGGCGUGA